GCAAAAAUGGCGGAUAAACUUCCGUGGGGUAUGCAGAACGAGGGAAUAACGCCAGGGUCAAUGAAGACCAUUUCCCAGAACAAGUUGAAAGCCUUCAGCGUGGGGCAGAUGAAUCUUGGGAAAAAGCUUUCCAAACGAGCCGAAGAAGAACAUCGAAAAAAGGCGCAAGAAAAGGAGGCUGCCAAAGUUUACGAAGAAUUUGUUGCAUCCUUUGAAGACACUUCCAACCUCGCCAAAACAUUUGUUAGAGGGUCAACAAUUAAUACAGAUGAGGAGAAGUCGGAGCAUAAAUCUGGAAAGUUGUACAGACCAUCAUCUAAGGUUUCUGAAGCGAUCAUCGCUCGCAAACAACGAGAAAAAGAAGCUGCGGAGAUCAGAGCAGAAAGAGAAAGACAAGAUAGACCAGAGUUUCCCAAGAAGAAAAAGGAGAAGGAGAAGUCCAAGAGUAAUCUCGAACUCUUCAAGGAAGAACUCAAAGUUAUUCAGCAAGCAAGAGAAGAACGCCAUCGACAGAAGAGAGACAAGUCCUCGUCAUCGUACCAUGAUUCUGAAGACCAUCAUGAAAUGUCACAAUCCUCAUCCUCAGGGGAUGUCAGGGUACCAGCCGGAAUGGAAGAUUAUUCCUAUGGUUCCCAUGACUACGGAGAUCCAAGUACAACAAAUAUUUUCUUGGGGAGCAUCAAUCCAAAGAUGGAUGAGGAAAUGUUAUGUGAAGAGUUUGGGAAGUACGGCCCUCUAGCCAGCGUCAAGAUCAUGUGGCCCAGGACGGAUGAAGAGAGAAGUAGGAAUCGUAAUUGCGGUUUCGUCGCCUUCAUGACGCGAAAAGAUGCAGAGAGAGCCAUUAAAGCAUUAAAUGGUGUGGAAUUCAUGAACUAUGAGAUGAAACUAGGCUGGGGAAAGGCUGUACCCAUCCCACCCAAUCCAGUCUACAUCCCUAAGGCGAUGUUGGACCUCACCAUACCACCCCCUCAAUCUGGUCUACCCUUCAAUGCCCAAAGCAAGGAUAAGAAGACAAGGCAACCUCCGAUCAACCCACUUGUCUCUGAAGAGGAUCCAGAGAUUCUGAAGACCUUAAAAGAUGCAGUUGUAAAAGUGGUUAUCCCGACCGAAAGGUCUCUGCUCUUAGCAAUCCAUCGAGUGAUCGAGUUUGUGGUUCGUGAAGGUCCUAUGUUUGAAGCUAUGAUCAUGAAUAGAGAGUUGGAGACUCCGUUGUACAGAUUUCUGUUUGACAACAAGUCACCAGCUCAUAUAUACUAUCGUUGGAAGUUGUAUUCCAUACUUCAGGGAGACUCAAUCGGCAAAUGGAGAACAGAAGACUUCCGGAUGUUUAAGAUUGGUUCAAUAUGGCGACCCCCACCCAUUAAUCCAUACACACGGGGCAUGCCUGAGGAACUAGCUCCUAAACCUGAGCCAAUGAAGAAAGGAUCACUCAGUGACAGCCAACGAGACAAGCUUGAGGAGAUGCUGAGAGGUCUUACCAUGGAGAGAUCUAAGAUUGCUGAAUCUAUGGUCUUCUGUCUGGACCAUGCUGAGUCGGCUGAGGAGAUCGUUGAAUGCAUCUCAGAAUCACUGUCUAUCCUGGAAACUCCAAUCCAUAAAAAGCUCGGUAGACUGUUCUUGAUUUCCGAUAUCUUAUUCAACACCAACACCAAAGUGGCCAACGCUUCAUACUUCCGUAAGUUUAUUGAGGUGAAGUUACCAGUCAUCGUUGUGAAUCUUAGAGAAGCUCACGUCAGGAUCCAGCAACGAUUGAGAGCAGAGCAGUUCAAGCAAAAGGUAAUGGCCUGUUUUCGUUCAUGGGAUGAGUGGGCCAUCUACCAGUAUGACAUCUUGGUACGUCUUCAGAAUGUCUUCCUGGGUCUCAUGCCAAUGAAAGGAGCAGAAGAUGAAGAAGGAGAAGAUGACGAGGAUAUUGCAGAGCCACAAGCCCCAGAGAUCUUACCACCAGUAGUCGUUGAGGAAGAGUCUUCAGAUCUAGACGGAGCCCCAUUGCCAUAUGAUGAUAGCAUGGAUGGGGAGUCACUCGCUGAGGGAAACUCAGAUCUAGAUGGGAUGCCGUUGAAGGAUGGUGGCAUGGAUCUAGAUGGGAUGCCCCUUGGGGUGGUAGAGGACUAUGAUGGAGCGCCAAUUAAAGAGGAAGUAGAUCUUGACGGUACUCCAAUCUCAGAACAUCUUAAAGACAAGAAACCCCCAGGAUUCAAGAUUGCUCCUUCCAAGUGGGAGACGGUAGACGCUUCAGUUCUUGAAGCUCAGGCCAUGACCUCCUCUAAGUGGGAGUUACUUGAGAAGGAUGAAGAGGGAGAUGAAGAUGAAGAUGGAGAUGAUAAGGAGACGGGAGGUCAAGAUGAGGAUGAUGCUGAAGGAGAUUGGCAAGAGGAGAGUCCAGAGCAUGAAGUUACAUCUCAAGACAUUCCACUGAAGAGUACUGAGAUGACUGAAGAGAGAAGAGCCAAGCUUCGGGAGAUUGAGGUUAAGGUGAUGAAGUUUCAAGAUGACUUGGAGGCGGGUAGAAGGAGUCGUAAACAUGGCUUAACCAUUCAAGAUCAGGUCAGCAAAUACAGAGCCAAGCUCCUUCAGAAGGAACAAGAGAAGGAUCUUGAGAAGCAAAGAGAUAAAGAGAAGGAACGCCAGCGAGAAAAGAAGCUGGACCGUGUUCGGGAAUUUGAACGAGCAAGGGAGCGAGAGAGAGAGAGACUUAGCCACGUAUCUGAUGAUUCUGCAGAUGAAGCACCACCAUCACGCCGAGAGCGAAAACGUCGUCGUAGUCGAUCAGGAAGCCCUGUCGGCAAGCGCAGCCACUCCCCGUCCCGAUCACCCGUCUCUGAAAGGCGUCAGAUCCACUCAACCCCGAUGGAUCGCUCUCCCCUCUCCAUCAUUCGUGAAUACUCCGACUCUCCCAUCCAGAAGUCUAGAUCAGGUUCCCCUAAGAGGUCCUCCCAUGCCAGGUCCCGCUCCUCCCCUAAGAGGUCCCAUAGAUCUCGAUCUAGGUCACCCCGUCGAUCCCGGAGGUCAAGGUCGAGAUCAGGGUCACCCCAUAGGUCAAGAAGGUCACGGUCCAAAUCCCCAAGUAGGCACUCAACUUCAUCUCAUAAGAAACGAAGAAGAUGAAAUUGAGACAAUCCACUUUGUACAGUAACUGCCACUUUGGAUUUUUUUCUUUGUGUAGAAAUUCAAGAGAUUUGAAAACCUUGUUUGUAAAUAGCACCUCAGAUCAUCUUCUCGACAAUACUUCAUAAAAGUAAAAUUUUUCAUAUAAAUCUAUUUAAAUCAAAGCUGAGAUUUUUUUGGGGUUUAAACUAAUGUUAUAUGCAACUCGAGUUGAACUAACUCAUGAGUUUCAAUUAGAGGGAAUAUCAAGUGAAAGCCAGAUUCCUGCUGGCUUUGUGCGUCUCUCAUCCACAAAUGGCUUGCAGAAAAAUGCAUUGUUAUUGGUUGCAGAUAUGUUCACAUAAAUAAACAAUUUUCACAUGACAUACUAAUGAUUGGAUGUGUCUUGCUGAAGGUUUAGUACAUUUCAGUGAUACCUUCACCCAAAAGUAUUUGAGGUAAAAACAUUCACUUCUGGUCUGUCCCACCUUUAGCCUGCCAAUAUUUAUCAGAGUACUGCAACGUAAGACGGCAUGUUAUAUCUUGGUGCUUGUACCUUAAGUCAGGGGUUAUUCUCAACCACCUAUACAGCAUUCUCCCUUAACUGUAUAGCUCGCUGGCCAAGUGUUAGUAGAGUCACAGGACAGCCAGUCAAAAGUCUCUCCGAGUAGUCAAUCAAGGUGGUCAGUUCAAUGUUAAAAAGCAUCCUAUUUAAUGUAAUGUAUGGACAAUCUGGGGGACUGGUGGGGUGACAAGCUUAUUGGUCCUACUGGAUAGUCACUGAUAAAGUUACUGUGAUUACUAUGUAAUGGCUUAAUGAAGUUUAGUCAAAAGAUGGCAUCAGAUGAAAUGUCAUCCCAAUCCACAUGUGGGCUGAACCUCCUGCUAAACCAGUACGCUUUGUUGUCUGCAGGUUGAGACUUCAUUGAUGUCAAACCAGGGUUCUAAUUCCCACUGAAAUUCCCACUGAGGAAACGCCAGUCUGAGGGUAAAACCAAUUAUAUCAUAUCCCUGCCCAUUUAUUUUUGUUGUGCUAUCCCAUUUAAAGUAAACAUUUCCAGUAAACUGUCUGCGGCCUUCGACACACCACUACAUGACAAGAAUAUUUUCAUUAUUAUUAGGUCAUUAUUGGCCAACCUAAGAACAUGUACUAUUUGUAUUCAUAUGUCAAGCAUCAUAUAAGUAAUAAUAAACAUUCUUUGGUAAAAAAA